AUGGCCCAAGAAGCCACUAGGGAACCAGAGGUUAAGAAAGUUCACCCCUUCUUUACCAAAGGCCCUGCCUCCGAAAUAGUCGUUCCCUCCAUUUCAUCUGCGAAGACUGCAAGCAACGAACCUCCUCACAAUGACGUUGAAACCGGAACGGAAGUACAGAACGGCAAGAAACGACGAAAGACCGAGACAACUCUGCCACAGGAUGUAUCUGGGCCCAAGAAACAACGGCGAGCGCGCCAGAGCGAAGGGCUCGCAACUUCAGGCAACGCGACAAUCGAGCAGAGCCUUGGAAUUAAGCCUGUUGGGACUACUAUUACCGAUACUACAACACCCUCAAUUAAUGGCGUCCCCGCCAAACCCCAAGAUAAUUCAACCUCGACUAUCGCUCAUCCUCCGAGCCUCUCGAAUACCGAUACCAAUGUGAACACAGGAAAGAUGCUCAAAUUGAACCUUAGAACUGGUACACUAAGGUCCCCACCAAGAACUAGACCAAAUUAUGCUCCCUCGCGCAUUGUGUGCAUGAAAUACGGACACGAUGAUGCCAGUCGAAAGGAGCUGGGCGAUAAGAUCUCUGAGAUCAUGGAUGGAAAGAUCAUAAUUCCUCCAACCCCGCCUAAGAAACGAGGAAGGAAAACGAAGGAGAGUUCUACAACGCAGAAUGCUUCAAGUUCCAAAGCUACGCAUCCGCUUUUUACAGGAAAAACAAAGCAGGUCGUGAAGGUUGAAGAGAGUGCUGUCGACAAACGCUCUCCUUCUCUGUCGCGCCACACUGUCUUCAUGUCCACUCCGAUGUCUCCAAAAAAGGCCAGGAAUCCGUUCGCAGUGAACAAACAGGCGCCACGGUUUGGAGUCAGGACAGGUGCAACGAAAGUCCCUGGUGCUAUGCAGCCUCUAUGGCCUGCCAAGGGGAUGGCCCACGUCCGUGGAUUUGACGUUCAACUUGAUCUAACAACACCUUUAUCUGAGGCGCGCACAAAUAAAAAAUCCAAAGGUUCUGCUAUAACGAUAACUCCUGAAGAAUCUGUGCUGGAACGGUUCUGCGCCACUGUGGAUUUUGCUGCUAUUCAGGAUUCUCUUCCCAAGAACGACGACCAUUUUGAACCAGCCCCUGAGGAGUUGCGUAAACCUUCCCCACACUUUGAAAGUGGCCGAAAGCUCCAGAAACGCAUUCGUUCAGAAUUACGAACACUAAAAUCAACUGCCAGUCAAGACGAUGACCAGCUUGUUGACAAUACCACCGAUCAUUCAAACACUACACAUCCCGCAAUCAAUCGCCUAUAUCAGUCACUUGAGACAAAUCUCUCAGCUUAUGACAAAUCGACAUGCGAACCACUAGCCUGGACGCACAAAUACGCUCCUGCCACAGCACCAGAGAUCUUGCAGAGCGGAAAGGAAGCUCUUCUACUCAGAGAUUGGCUGCAGGCACUCAAAGUUGACUCAGUGAUUUCGACUGGACAGGGUAACCCCACAACGAAGAAGAAGGCGAAGCCAAAAGCAGCACCAAAAAAGAAGAGAAAGCAGGAUGAGCUAAGUGACUUCAUUGUCAGUAGCGAAGAGGAAGCAAACGAAAUGGAAGAGAUUUCUGAAAAUGAGGCUGAUUGGGCACCUGCUGGCCCUGGAUUGCUGAAAAAAACAGUCGUUCGAAAUGGCGACGUAACAAAGAGUACCAAGGACCAAGAACGACUGAUGAAUGCCGUGGUCAUCAGUGGUCCUCAUGGCAGUGGAAAGACAGCGACUGUCGUCGCCAUAGCCAAAGAACUAGGAUUUGAAAUCUUUGAAAUUCACCCGGGAAGUAGACGAAGCGGCAAAGAUAUUCUCGAGAAGGUUGGCGAUAUGACGCGCAAUCAUCUCGUUCAGCAACAUCAGACGCAGAGCGCUUCUGGAGCCACAGAAGAGGAUGAGGUGGCUCGCGACUUGAAGGCUGGAAAACAGGGCAUGAUGACAAGCUUUUUCCAGAAGAAGACAACUCCCCGGUCGCCACCCAAGAAGCCCAUGGACGAAAAGCCGACCGAGGCGACGAAAGCCAGCUCAACCAAGAGUCAGAAACAGUCACUGAUUCUAUUGGAAGAGGUGGAUAUUCUAUACGACGAAGACAAGCAAUUUUGGGCAACACUAAUAGGAAUGAUGGCACAAUCAAAACGGCCGUUCAUCAUGACUUGCAACGACGAAAAGAUGGUGCCGCUCCAGACCCUCAAUCUUCAUGGCAUCUUCCGUUUCUCGCCUCCGCCUAUUGAUCUUGCCGUCGACCUUUGCCUUCUCAUAGCAGCUAAUGAAGGCCACAUACUACAACGCACAGCUGUGGAAGCAUUGUACAAGUCUCGCAGAAACGAUCUCAGGGCUGCGCUAACGGAGCUCAACUACUGGUGUCAGAUUGGGGUUGGGGAUCGUAAGGGAGGAUCCGAUUGGUUCUACCUGCGGUGGCCCAAAGGGUCUGACCUGGAUGAGAACGGAGAUGUGGUACGAGUGUUGAGCGAAGGAACAUAUUGCGAGGGUUUGGGCUGGUUCGGCCGUGAUCUGAUAGCCACCUGCCCUGAUCCAAUGAAGUCUGAGGAAGAAGUCAUGAAGCAGUCGUGGUACUCUUGGAUGCUAGACAUGGGCGACUGGGGCAACACGUUAAAUCUGCAGUCAUGGGCAGAUGGUAUGUCGCAUAACGCCUUGGAGCAAAACAAGAGGCUCGAGGUCCUGGAGGUCACGGAUAAGUUCUACUCUUCUAUGGGCGAUGCAGAUUUGUUAUCAAGCGGCACAUUAGGCAUCGAUCUCCAGGAAAUCAUAGAUUCAGGGCUGCCUGAAAUGCCAGCCAAGAUGCGAGACGAUUUCAUCCUUGGCCGCCGACUUCUCGAGGCGGACCCCAAAAUCUUGCAUUCCUCGCUAAGUGUCGACCUGUCCCUAGCUCUCAAAUCACUGGCAAGGCAAACACUUCUCAACACUUCACUCAGAACCGACACGGCAACUGGUCCUCUUCUCAAACCGUUAACGGAGAAGCGUGGCAUACAAUCUCUUGAACACUCGUUUGAGCCUCAGACCCCACCUCUAAACCGCAUGAGCCUUGCUUAUGCAUUCGAUCCCAUUGCUGUAAACGAAAAGACAGUAUACACUAGUUAUCUUGACCCGUCUGUGUUUGACCGGACCACAAACCUCAUCGUUUUGGACGUGGCGCCAUGGGUCCGCGGGAUCGUGGAGUUUGACAGCACUCUGGUGCAAGAGCGACUCAAGUUGAGUAAUCUCCUAAGCGAAGGCGGCACGCGGAAGAGAAUGCGCACUACACGCAGUGCCUACUCAGCUAUGGAAGGGGGCGAAAGGAGAACGGUUCGCCGCGAGAGGUACUUUGCAGAUACCCUCAACACAGUCUUUGUAAGACGUACCGCUGGUGAGGGCUGGAGGGAGGCUGUAGAGAGCGUAACACCAAAGGAGAUGACAGGGGAUUCACCCAGCACUACCCCAUCGUCGCCAGUAGUAAGCGAGGUAUAA